AUGGCUAUUAAGAAUGUUUCUUUCCUUCUGGCGGUCAUAUGCAUUGUAGUCUCGGCAAAUGCUCAACUACCACAGUUUCCGAUUCCAUUUCCAUUCCAACCAAGUCCUGGUAUACCAGGAUUACCUGACAUAACAAAAUGCUGGUCAUCAGUGAUAAAUAUUCCUGGAUGUAUUGCAGAGAUUUCUCAAUCUAUAUUUACUGGACAGUUCGGCCACAUAGGUCCUGCUUGUUGCAAAGCAUUUUUGGAAGCCGAAGCCAAUUGCCUGCCAAAAAUCCCAUUCAAUCCGUUUUUUCCUCCUCCAAUGUUAAAGGAACAAUGUUCAAGAAUUAUCAGCGCAACUCCUCCUACUCCAAAAUAG